AUGUCCAACGCUAAGCAGAUUCAGGAGGCCAAUGCCGACUUUGUUUCUUCGCGAACUACAGGUCAGCUUCCGCUUCCUCCUGCUCGAAAGUUGGCUAUCGUCACUUGCAUGGACGCCCGUAUCGUACCGUACCAGGCCCUCGGCAUCAAGGAGGGCGAUUCGCACGUCAUCCGAAAUGCAGGUGGCCGAGCUCCCGAAGCGCUACGAUCCCUGAUCAUUUCGCAGCAGCUCCUCGCCACGACCGAGAUUGUGCUCAUUCAGCAUACCGACUGCGGCAUGCUCACCUUCACCACGGAACAGGCGAGAGGCCUUGUCAGUAAGAACUUGAACCUCGAACCAUCUUCUCAGGCCCACAAGUACAUCCAGUCGCUCGACUUCUUGGACUUUCCUGAUCUUGAGAAGAACGUCAAGGAGGACGUUGAAUUCCUCCGCUCCAACGAGCUCAUCGCGAACAAGACCAUCUCGGGCUUCGUCUACGACGUCGGCUUGGGCAAACUCAAAAAGGUCGCCUGA